AUGCCAGUUGUCAAUUUGCAAGUGCCCUUCACCAAUGCGGUCUUCUACGACGAGGGAGGGGACGGUGUGCCAUGCCGAGAAUGCCCUACAAAUGGCAGAAACUCGCUGCUUUACAAUCGUAACACGAACAUGCCGUCUGAAUGCUCCUUACUUGAUGAGCAGCGACUGCCUGGUCUCUUCAUCGGCUGCGACGAUUUUCCAGAAGUGUACGAUUGCAUUGGCGGAUUGUGCUGUCCCACAAGAGGAUGCAGCUAUGGCCAACCACAAUCAUUUCCAUUGCAACAGGAAAACAAGGAAGAAAUGCGUACCCAAUGCACAGCGGCUGAAUGCUCGUGUUGUUCUGAGCAGUUCGAAUGUGCUCAGGUAGACAGAGGUGUUCAGCAGUGUUGCCCUAGCAGAGGUGCAUCUCGUCAUGGAUCUGAGCUACUUCUGUCAACACUGUUCCCACUGUUCAAUUUUCAGAGUUCAUAUGUAGCGAGUUUGGAGGCGUACGAUCCGAUUUAA